AUGGUUCUCAUUGAUUGCUGUCUUUUUGUGCUUCUUGUGUGGAGUUUGUACUCUCGGUACAGAAUGUAUGCAGAACCGUGCAAAACCGAUAUUGUCAGCACUUUCAGGUACUUUUUAAUCAUUGCCCACGCAGACGACGAGAGCAUGUUCUUUGGUCCUUUUAUUACGCAGGUUGUCAGGAGAAGAAUUCCUCUCUCGAUUGUUGUGUGCACAGACGGAGGCAAAGGAGGGUGCCCGCAUGAGAGAAAACAGGAAAUGAUCAAGCUCAGCAGAGACCACAAGAUACCCGUCUAUUUCCUAGACUAUCCCGACGGCGAGCUGGAAAAUACCCCGGAACUACAGAAAAAAGUGCACACUCUGUUCAAGCUAACGAACAGCACACAAAUUGUUACGUUCGAUGAGCACGGAGUAAGCAGCCACAGAGACCACAAAGCGUGCUAUAUGCUCGGAAUGAGCUUAGCACGCAAGGAGAGCCGCACGAUGUACGCGCUUAAGUCUCUCAAUCUCAUUGAAAAGUACGCUUUUUUACUGUCAAAGCCUCGCAAUAGCGCGGAUACAGUGGUUGUGAAGUGCACUUUCCACGAGACACUUAGGAACAGGAUGAGAAUGUUCUACUACCCCAGCCAGAUGGCGUGGUUCAGAUAUUUGUACGUUAUAUUCUCAUCGUACAUGGACUACAAUGUAUUUAUUAAAGUAGAUGUGUGA